GCGAGAUGCCGGCGGGUGGGAGGAGGGUGACGGUGGGGCUGCGCGCAUGCGCGGGGCGGGCCGCUCGCCUCCGGGCCCGGGCCGCGAGGUGCGGGGCCGCCGUCUCCCAUGUCGGCUCCGUUCGAGGAGCGGAGCGGGGUGGUGCCCUGCGGGACGCCCUGGGGCCGCUGGUAUCAGACCCUGGAGGAGGUGUUCAUCGAGGUGCGGGUGCCGCCGGGCACCCGGGCUAAGGACGUCCGCUGCAGCCUGCAGAGCCGGCACAUCGCCCUCUCCGUGCGGGGCCAGGAGGUGCUGCAGGGUAAACUUUUUGACUCCACAAUAACUGAUGAAGGAACAUGGACGUUAGAAGACAGGAAGCUGAUACGAAUUGUUCUAAUGAAGACAAAUCGAGAUGCUGGAAAUUGUUGGACGUCUCUGUUAGAAGAUGAAUAUGCUGCUGAUCCUUGGGUGCAGGACCAGAUGCAGAGGAAACUUACACUGGAGCGAUUCCAAAGAGAGAACCCUGGAUUUGACUUCAGCGGGGCAGAAAUUUCUGGAAACUACAGCAAAGGAGGACCAGACUUUUCUAGUCUUGAAAAGUAAACUGUUUUUAUAUGUGUUCCUUGAGAGGAAUUGCACAUUACACUCAAAGUCUAGAAUCAUGUAACUGGUGAAGACUUCAGUGAUCUCUUCAAUGGAUUGUCAUCAAAUAAUUACUUCAGUGAAGAGAAAGAAGAUCUCUUCCAGUAUAAUGAAGACAAAGUGUUAACAGCUGAUUUAUAAGCUGCGAUAACUUUCUAAUACUAAGGGACAAACUAUAGAGAAAGGUGUACACAAAAAACUAACAUCUUUAAGCA